CUUUCUGUCUCUUGGAGGACUUGAUCGUGUUGAACAAAGAAGACCGUCGCUUUCCCCUCAUUGCUGGCAGAAUUUGGUUUUUGUUGGUCUGCGAGAAUGGGGCCUCCUGUGUCCUUUGGGGAAGUGGCCAUUUUCUUCACACGGGAAGAAUGGGCACUGCUGGAUUUGGCCCAGAGAGCGCUCUACUGGGAAGUCAUGAAAGAGAAUUUUGAAACUGUAAAGUCUCUAGGUUACCUCAAUGAUGAUUUGUGUAUGGAAUCGCAGGAGUUAGAAUCAGUAGCUAUUAGGAGCAUGAUUGAAUUGAAUCAAUACGCUAUUAAUAACAUAGAGGUUAUUUCAGAUGAGGAAGAGCAGACACCACAACAGCCCCCCCAGGCAGUCACUGUGUUUAAGAAGCCUGAAAAGGUACCUGGAACAUCAAAAGCGGUGAUGCCAUUGCAGGGCGAUGGUGCACCUCAAAAGAAACGUUCUGUGUCUACCAACAGCCAGAAGGGGCCUAAGCCUAAAAAGAGAAAAACUGACAGAGCAAGAACCAAUGAAGGGAACGUGAUAAGCGACGACGAUCAACUUAAAAAGCGGAUGGAAUUAAUUAAAUCUCUUGUCAAACUCGCUCAACAAUUGAAAGAGAAAGAUAAUCUUAUUAAGAGAGCCAAGGAGGCUUAUGAUGUUGUCUCCAAUAAGAUAUCCAUGGUGUUUGAUAACUAUGAGAGUGAAUUAAUUAAAAAUUAUGCAAAGUAUCCAGCUUGUGUUGAUAAUGCUAUACGUAUGGGGGGGCUCUGCCCAACAGUGUCUCUGAAGGGGUAAGUGUCAGAACUUGUAACUUUCCUAUGUAUCAAGAACCUAACUGACUUCAUGUUGUAACCAGAUACUAACAAGAAACCCCCGGCAUUAGGCCUGCAACUAACAUUCCUCUGUAUGCUAAGAUAAACUGUGAUCUCUGAAGGGUGACAGAUAGCCUCUGGUCAGUGUCUGCAGGUGUCCCUUUGAAGCCAGGCCGAACAGACCUUCACAGCGGGACUCCAUCCUCCCUAGCUGAUAACAAGGCCUGGGAACCAGACCGUUGUCUCGGGCCGUGUGAAAGAUUGUUUUAUUGUUGUCACCAUAACUGCAUAAAAUGUAACCAAUGCUAGUUCUAGUUAUCAGUGUUAUUUUGUACGCUCAGCUUUGCAGUUCUCAAUAAACGCUUAUACUUUGUAACGAA